CAGAAAACGCAAAAAUUAAGGAAGAUGGUGGUGGGUUUUAGUUUGCAGCCUGUAUUAGACUUGUUGGUUGCUGGGAUUUCUUUGGUUAUUGGGAUGGGGAUUUUCGCCUUCAUUGCUUCCAUUCUGUGCUCUGCUGCUUUCUUGCACAAUGCCAGGCUCGCCCAUUAAUCCCACCCACCGUCGAACUCAAGGAAGGGGUGGUUCAGGGAAAAGAAAAGGCAUAUCUUGGUGGGUAAGGAUCAUCUCCGGCUGGGGUCCAACUGGAUUGAAAUUUAAUAAGUGGAAUCGUGGGUUGUUGUUGGCUAGAAGAUUAUUGAGAAGAGUUAAAAAAAAAAAAAAGAUCCGUUUGGAGGAUUAUGAACACAAUAAGAAUGUUAUUAGUUCUUGUUAACUGCUAUACGGAUAAAGAAAAAAUAGUUCUUAUUAAGUGAUCAAUUGGCAAAUUGACUUCAAAAAGAUGUUAGAAGUUCUUUAAACCUUUAAAUUGGGUAGUAGAUUUUCAUUUGGUCUAAGAAUGUUUUGUACUACUUAGAUUACUUCUCUGUUUAGCUGUUUUUUUACAGGCCCUCUUGUAUAAAUUAGAUUAUCACUGUGAUAUGUUGAGUGCACUCUAAUUCAAAUUACGGUUGAGUGUCCAUAAAACCUAAAUAUAAAUAUUCUUUCUGUUUUAAAAGCUAUAAGAUCGAUGUUAGGAGAAUCCAAAUUUAUGAUUUUCAGUAUGUUGGUUGUAAAUAGGUUUACUUGAAAUUGAUUUGCACUGACUUCAUGAUCAGCAGAGCAGACUCUACAUUUAUUCAGUAGGCCUGCCUUUGAGGCUGCUCCGUUGAUGUUUCUUUUCUAUUUGUUCUUGCAAUGUUGUAGCUAUGUGCCAUGCUGUAAAUCAUUGCGAAAAGCUGUGAUCAGUCACUGGUAUGCUUGAUAUAUGAUUUCUGACUGUUCUACUGGGAAUAUGUAUUCCACCAAAGAGUUGAAGUCAAACUGGAAUGUAAUUUCUUCAUUUGAUGAUUACUUCCUUCCGAUUUUUACCUAUUUUAACUGUCAUGAUAUG